AUGGUCGCCCCAUCAACCUCUUCUACCGUCGCACACCACAACGCUAAUGCAUCUCCACUCUCGGACAUAAAAUUGCCUCGGAUGAAUAUGCCCGUCUUCAGCGGUAACUAUCUGGAUUGGCAAUCGUUCUACGAUUUGUUCGAAAGCUUGUUUCACCAAAAUCCAACGCUAACGAACAGCCAAAAGCUGUAUUUUCUUAAAACUAAUCUCGCUGAUGAAGCAGCAUCACUGAUUUCGCACCUGAAAAUAGAGGAUGCCAAUUAUCAAUUGGCAUUGGAGAAGCUGAAAUCCAGCUUGCGAUCGCUACAUGACGUUUCAGAUGAGGUUAUUCGAGCUCUCAAGGCAAUGGACAGGGAAGAUCGUGACACGUGGCUUCUGUUCAUCCUCAGUGAAAAGGUGGAUCCAGACACAAAGCAACUAUGGUGUCAGAAGAUAGCCGAAAUGGAGGAGUCAAAUAUUACCCUGCAGUGUUUUCUGAAGUUCAUUGAAUCUCGCAGUUUCGCUCUACAAGCAGCUCAACCAGCCAAACCGAAAAGUUUGCAACCUCUAACGAAUCAACCUCAAUUCAGAAGCGCUACCUCGUUCGUCGCCACUAACCUCCUGCUCUGCAACCUGUGCAAUAGACACAAUCAUCAUAUCUACCACUGUGGUAGGUUCAUCCACAUGAAUUACGAAAAUCGACUAGCUCACAAAUAA